AUGGAGAAAAGUUUAAACCAAGUAACCAUACCCAUAUUUCAUAAAGAAGGGAAAACCACCCUGAAAAAAUCUGAGAUGGGUAAUGCAAAGCGUGAAUCUUUAGUUAGUUUGAAAAGGAGCAAGAGAGCAGAGGAUGUUCACAAGAGAAGCAGAAGAAAGAGAGGUGAAAUGUUAAAGGUUCAAGAAAAGGAUCAAGCGUUGACAGUGGCUGGUGGUGAAGAUGACGAGAAAGCAGAAGUGGAGAGAAAGAUUGUGGCAUUGCAAAGGAUUGUACCAGGAGGUGAGUCGUUUGGGGUAGAAAAGUUGUUUGAAGAGACUGCUGAUUAUAUAAUGGCUUUGCAGUGUCAAAUCAAUGCCAUGAGAGUUCUUGCUGGUUUUCUUGAAGGAUUAGAAAAGGAAAAGAGGAAGUUUGGAGGUUAA